ACCCUUCGCUGAAUGUCAAGCGUGAGUAGUUUUUGUGUUUUGUAGAGGUCCAGUAUAUGAAGGAUUGUUACAACAUGAAAGAGGUCAGACGCGGACUGACAUCUUGUGACCAAUUGCUUCACCCCUUUGAAAAUAUAGACAAGACUGAUGUAUGCAAUUUGGAGAAGGAAUUCGUAGAAUGUGUGGCAAAAGCUGUCGAUGACUGUAAUGAUACCACCGUAUCAAUGUUCAUGUAUAAUGUAACCAAUGAACUGUUUGAUUUCCUGUACAACACGGAAGACUGUGACACAGAAUCAGACAAAAGUGUCAAAGAACCAGAAGUUAUGGUGACUGAAAAACCGACACCGGAACCGGAAACAGACGACGGAGCCGAUAAAACAACACAACAACCAGUCGUGCCAGAAAAAAAGGCGGGAGACGACAAGAGAAAUGCGGCUUCCAGAGUCCAAGGAUUCCUUAAUACCUUCCAUAUAGUUCUAAUUGCUUAUUUAAUGGUUUUUCUGUCGUGAUGUGCUUUAUUGACAAAGUGUUUUGGAAUAAUUGUGAAAAAUGUAUGGAGUCAGUUUUCUACAUUGAUGUAUGGUAUAGACAAAUUAAUGGAGUAACGAUAGUUAUGUAGAACUCGAUGCAUCAUCUCUUCUAUGAAUUUGGUAAUGUUGACUUAUAUCUAACACAAAACUUGAGAUCUCAGGAACCGUUCUUGUUUUAUAGCUGCUUAUAGAUUGCAAAGGAAUAUUAUAUAAGUAAUAUAGUUUAAUAUAUUGCAUUUUCAAUAACAUCACCAAUAUGCUCUAAUUUAAUUCAAAUGAAAUUAUUCCUAAAGAUCUUCAAAGGUGUACAUGAUUAUAAAUAUUAUUUUAUGUACAGAGCAAAGUUUCUCAUAAGGCAUAGAAAUAAAAUAGCCCUCUUUGCUUUAAAAUGUUUUACAUGGACGUGUCUGUGAAAAGAAUAUAUUCCAAAAAUAUGUUUAUUUGUGUUUUUCUAGAUAGCUAUAAUAUUUACUAAAAACUUUUUUCUAGAAAAUGUAUUUAUGAUUUAUUAAUUUUUUGAAAAUAAAUCUCGCUUUUCAAUAGGUAAAUUCGAUUGAUCAAUCAAAAUGGUUUCACAAGAAUUUACUAUUAUUUCAUAUAUGAUAUUUUUUUUCUUCUAGAAAUUGAUUUCAAGAUUUAGUACUGCCUAUACUGAAAUAAAUCUUGCUCUUUUAAUAAUUAAAAUCGAUUGAUUUACAGAUCAAGUGAAAGAUAGAGAGUGAGAGAAAGAGGUUGUUCCUUUAAAUGUUUUUUUGAUAAUUAAAAUUUAAAUUGGUAAUUUAAAGCCACAUAUAUUAGCAAAUCAUGUUUUAAUUAUAUGCAUAUGUUCUUUCCUUAAAGGCCAUUUUGUGUCUAAAAGGUUGUCAUUUUGAAAAAUUAUAUUAACUUUACACCUUUAGUGCUUAAUCAACCAUGCAAGCCUGUAUUCUUAUUUAAUCUUUUUUUUUUGUAAAAGAUAAUGAUAAGAAAGGACCUUAUUCAUACAUUUAUGAUUAUUUUACCAUCAACGUCAUCCAUUUUUGUAUCAGUAAUCAAUUUUAUUGAAAAACAAAUCUUCUUGUUAGUUUCUGAUUUAAUCAAUAAUGAAUGAAAUAAUCAUUUUUUUUAAAUCUGUUUAUGUGUGACUGUGUCUAAAAUUCCUAUCAUUUUGGAAGUGCCUUGAGUGGCUGAAGUUAAAUGUAAAUAAGCAUAUGAUGCAGUAAAGGAAAGAUACUAGAUGUGUUAGAAAAUUUCAUUGUCACACACAUUCUUUAUGAAGUGAAUGGUAUGUGUAUUUUGUGAUGUUUAUUGUGCUUGUAUAAUUUGAGUGCUGAAGAGUUCCUUUUCUUCUUGUAGUUAUUAUAUAACUGAUGGAUCCUAGUUAUUUUUUUACCAGUAGUUAUAGAAAUUCUCAUCCAUCGCAACCGUGUGUAUAAACCCGUUAUAUAAUGUCAUAAAACCUGUCUUGUUUGGCAAAAUCUAUGCAACUUUUCCCAUGGAAUGAUUAUUAUAAUUAAGUUUCCUCUUUAAUGCAUUUGAACAUGACAAUAAAUUUUGUAACAUUUA